AUGAGUACUACUUUGAAAAUUGGUGGUCAUACUAAUGAAGCAAAGAAGUUAAGAAUGUUUCCGUUCACUUUAGCUGAAGAGGCAGAAGAGUGGUUUUAUUCUCUCCCAACUGGCAGUAUUGCAUCAUGGGAAGAGAUGAAAAAGGCUUUCUUAAAUGAGUAUUUUCCAGCAUAUGUAUUUCUAAGAAAAAGGAAGGCUGCUAAAGAUGAAAAAGUUAUACCACCUGGAAAGCCAACUGAAGAGAAAAAUAAAAAGGAGACUAAACUGAUGAUUAAGUUACCCUACCCUCAGAGAGUGACAAAGAAGGAUCCAAGAGAGACAAACUUUGAGAAAUUCAUGACAAUUUCCAAAAAGACAGAGAGUCAUAUGCCUUUGUUUGAAGCACUCGAGCGAAUGCCCAUGUACACAAAAUUCAUGGAAGAGGUAAUCACCGAAAACAAACCAACAGAAGAAGAAUCGGUAGCCUGGAAGGAAAAGUGUAAUGCAAUAUCAUUAGGUAAGAGAAUUCCAAUCAAACAGAAAGAUCCUAGAAUUGUCACAAUAUCAUGCACUAUAAAAGAGAGAACUUUCAAAAAGGUACUAAUUGAUUCUGGAGUUAGUGUGAGUCUGAUUUCAUUAUCAAUCUAUCACAGGUUGGGUAUUGAAAAUAUCAGUGAUACAAGGAUAAAUCUGAAGUUUGCGAAUCACUCGAUAAAGAAUGCAUAUGGGAUAGCAGAAGACGUACUGGUGACAGUAGGGGAAUUGAGUUUUCCUAUUGAUUUUGUGAUCAUAGACAUACCUGAAGAUGAAGAGACACCUAUCCUUCUUGGUCGACCAUUCAUGCGGACAAGCCAAUGCAAUCUCGACAUGGAUCAGAGCACGUUAACUUUAAAAGUUGAUGAUGAUGAAAUAACAUCGGAUGCUAUUGAAAACAGGAAGCUAGAGGCAGAAAAAGAACAUCACUAUCAAGUAGGCAUGAUCAGGACAGAUGUGAGAAGGCAAAGUAACAUACCAACAUCAGAAAAAGAUGCAAGAAGGCUUUCUCAGCUACAACAACCUCCAUUAGCAACUCCGAAUAAAAAAAUUCUUGGUUCCAGUCCAAAAGCAAAAAGAAAGAAGGAGAAGCCUUAUCCUCAUGGACGAGGAAUUGGCCUGGUAAAGAAUGUUCGUCUUACCGGAUAA